AUGCGUGCCAACUCGGUGGUGCGGGAGCCCCAGAUCCAAGCGUUCUGGGAGGAGAAGGGGGUGUACCAGAAGCUGUCGCGGAACAACCCUGGGGAAGUGUACACGUUGCAUGACGGGCCGCCCUACGCAAACGGCGACUUGCACAUGGGACAUGCACUGAACAAGAUCCUCAAGGACAUCGUGAACCGGCAUCAGCUGCUCCAGGUAUGGCGAGCAGAGCAGGCUCUGCUCAUCACAUGA